UUUCACUUAACACCGAAAAAGCUGCAGUCGCGUGACGUAAGUGUUGUUUUGCUAAAGGUUAGCAUCUGCAAGCUAACUUUAUCUUUAUUUAGAUUAUCAUCUCCGGUAGUUGCUGGAUAUAGCUCUGUUUUUCGGUUGUAACACAAAUGUAAAAUUUAAUCCGGUUUCAACCAGACGAAGUCAUGAACGGAAACACAAAUCCACUGCUGGACAAAGAGGAACAUGUUCUGAAGCUCGGAGAGAGCUUCGAGAAAAGGCCAAAAUCAUCUUUUCACACCAUCAGAUAUGACUUCAAACCAGCAUCGAUCGACACGAGCUGUGAGGGAGAGCUACAAGUUGGGAAAGGAGAUGAAGUUACCAUAACACUACCUCAUAUUCCAGGCUCCACGCCUCCAAUGACGGUAUUUAAAGGAAACAAGCGGUUGUAUCAGAAGGAUUGUGUGCUCAUCAUUAACCACGACACGGGGGAAUUUGUCCUGGAGAAGCUCAGCAGCAGCAUCCAGGUCAAGAAAACAAGGGCGGAGGGCAGCAGUAAGAUCCAGGCCCGAAUCGAGCAGCAGUCCGUCCGUUCCUCCCAGACAAGCUCUCAGUUCCGAGCCCCGACCAAACCAGGGGCCGGGAACAAAACCUCACCCUCCCACACGAAGGACAACCCGUCCCCAGAGCCUCAGCUGGAUGACAUCAAACGAGAGCUGCGGGCGGAGGUGGAGGUGAUCGAGCAGAUGAGCAGCAGCGGCAGCAGCUCGUCCGAUUCAGCCAGCGGCUCGGGGAGCGGCGACGACAGCAGCAGUAGCGAUGGUGAGCACGACGCCCCCCCGCAACCGCUCAGCCAGACCUCCCCCAGCUGCACCCCCAUCACCAACGGCGGAGGAGACCGGCAGCAGGGCAACAACCAGCUCAUGAACACACUCCGAAGCGAUCUUCAGCUCAGCGAGUCGGGCAGCGAUAGUGAUGACGACUGAAGUCGCUCUCCUCCUCCACACUCCUCCUCCUCCUCGCUUCCUGGUUCUUGCGUUCACUUGCUGUGAUUUUUGACCUCAGCUUUAAGUUUCUGGUUUGACUGUAUUUUUUUAACAUUUUAUUUUAUUAUAGCCACCCAGAAACCUUAGGAUAGCAUUUUAUUAGAUGUGCAUUUUGUUUUGUAUAGGAAAAAACAGAGUUUUACUUUAGGAUGUAGAAGAUUAUAAAGAGUGUUCAGACAUAUUUUAAGUACUUAUAAAAAACACUAGUUUUAUCUGCAUAAUUGAUCUAUUUUUCUCCUUUUUUAUGAUGAGGCUAGUAUGAAAAAGCUUUUUCCCUGUAGUGGAAGUCUUCUCUCCAUGCGUAUUAGUGUUUUAUUAGUUGGAUGAAAAAACAGCAAAAAAAUAGAAAAAUCAGCAAAACUCUGCAACAAGUAACAAUUUUAAAAAAUGCACUUUUUUCCUCCCAAGUCUUAACAGAGAAGGUGCCGAUUAUUGUGGAUGGAUUAUUUCAUUCAUUCCCAAAACAUUUCCUUAUAACUAAUUUGAUAAUGUAUAUUUUUAUUAGUCUUUGGGAAUGUCCGACGUUGCUUUAGGUUCUGAAACAACACGUCAAAAUUCAACUCAUGCUGGUUAAAAUUUUGUUGAAUUGAAUAAUUAAACAAUAAAUGUCUUGCAGUUAUUUUUCCGGCCACAAGGGGGCAGCAAAAGACCCCGAACCACAAAUGUGUUUUUACUUUUUCUGGUGACCUUCUAAUUUCAGCUUUAAUUUGGUUUCUAAAAACAUUUUAGGAAGAUAGUUCUUAUUUGAUUGAAACAUCAAAAAAUACAAAUAAACCCUAAAAUAAUGCACAAUUUUUUAGAGAUGAAUUCAAAACUACGGGUUCAGAAAAGCUAAAAUGUUUUGUUGAAUUCUUUUAAUUAACCACAUCAGAGGUCAGAUAACAAGCAGUUACCAUGGAGACAAGAAAUGAUGACAAAUCAGGUUUUCUGAUGAGAAAGAAAACAAAUGUAGUUAGUUUCAGACAAGUUUUUUUUCCCUUUUUAACAAAUAUUCCAUCAUUUCUGAUUCUGAAUGAAACCACUCCGUAUUACAUUUUAAUGCCUUGCAGCGUUUCAGUGAAGACAUGGGGGUGAAUGUAUUAGUUCAGAAAUAAGCCAAAGAGUUGAUCUCAUGUAAAAGAUAUGCAGGAGUUCAUAUGUAAUGGUGUUGAAUGGUUGUGUUUCUGCGUUUGUUUUUUUUUUUGUUUUUGUUUUGUUUUUUGUUAACCGCACCAGUGACAUCAGCGCCUUUUCCUUUAAUCUGCAGAUUUUAUGACAUAAGUAAACAUAAUAAUAACAAUAACAAUAAUAAUACUGACCGUUUGAGGUUAAAACAAAAUUAAAUUUGUUAAAAACAUUAAAAAACUAGUUGUUGCUAAAUGCUGACCACUGGAACUUGGUGGCAGAUUUAGAUCAAAUAUAACUGGAUGCAGCUGCUGGUUUUUAGUGCCGUUUGAUCUGGUUUUGUAGAAUUCUGCCUUCCUACGCAAAUGGUUUUAAUGACUUUGGCUCAUUUAAAAAAAAAGCGAGCUGCAGAAAUCAUCACUCAAGAGGUUUUUUUCUAAGCAGAUGUUUGGAUUUGAACAAAGUCCUUCCCUUCCACUGAUGGUGAUGUUCUGGCUGAGCUGUGUUAAGUGUUAAUGUCUGUGAAAAUGGUGUUAAAUGAUGUUGUUGGUAUAAAUAUUAACACAUUAAGAAUGGCGGCCCCACGCUUUCUUUUCUGUAUUCUUAUUAAUCACAUAAAUCCCAGUUUUGUUGUGAAUGGUGCUGAUGCUACAGGACGGUUACUGCUAGAGAAGACAAUAGAUCAUUUAAAAUUUUCUUUUAUUCAUUUUGAAAAGUUGUGAUUCAUAAAUCUGCCCAUUGUUGAUGUGUUAAACACAAUAGUGUCAAAGAAUAGAAAUAUAACAUUUUCUUUAGGGUGAGAAACUUUAUUUUUUUGGACAUAAAAAUCAGUUAUUUUGAUUUGUUCCUCUCAUUUGUCCUUGUGGUGACUCGCUAAGCAAUCAAAGCAAAAACUGCACCAACUACUGGAAAUUUAGUCUAAACGAGUACUUUUACUGUUCUAAAAUCUCAGAAUUGUGAACUGGACUUUAAACAUCUUCAGCCUGUUUUUACUUCUAUUAUAAGUGGAAGAAUGAACAUCCAGACGGUGCUCUGCAACACCAUUUUGUUGUGUUUUUUUUUUACUUCAAAGCUUGUUUUUGUGACACCUAUUCUGUACAAAGCUGAAGUUAUUAAAAUCUUGCAGAAGUC